UAACAGAAGUAAUACAAUGGCAAAUCUAGCAGGCAGCACAGAUAUGAGAAGACGGUCUGCUGCACACUAAACCAACUGAAUGCAACAGUACGUUGAAGUAUAGACAGAAUGGAUUUCCCCAAUUGGACUGAAGGAGUAUUUGACUCAAACAGCAGCAGUUUUGACUCCUUUGGGACUGCUAAACUCCCUCCCAGUAAAAUCCUACUUACCCUAACCCUUUCUGUGGUUGCCAUUCUAACUACAUUCUUCAACUGCCUGGUGAUCACAGCUAUCGCUGUAACUCGCAAGUUGCACCACCCAGCCAACUACCUCAUCUGCUCAUUAGCAGCAACUGACCUGCUGGUGGCAGUGUUGGUCAUGCCCUUCAGUAUCAUCUACAUCCAGAAGGAAAAAUGGGUCAUGGGUGAAGUGGUGUGUACCAUCUGGUUAAGUGUGGACAUCACUUGUUGCACAUGCUCCAUCCUGCACCUUGCUGCAAUCGCCAUUGACCGUUACAGGGCCAUCACUGAUGCUGUGGAGUACUCUCAUAAACGCACUGGGGCCAGGGCUGGUGCAAUGGUGGCAGUAGUGUGGCUCUUGUCCAUCCUCAUCUCACUUCCUCCUCUACUUUGGCGGCACUACAGCGAUGAUGAAGAGCAUAAAGACCAGUGCAUCAUCAUCCACCAUCACAUGGCCUUUACUCUUUAUUCCACACUUGGAGCAUUUUACAUUCCCCUGCUGCUCAUUCUCAUUCUCUAUUAUAAGAUCUACCAGGCUGCUCAGACCCUGUACAUGCGCAGGGAGGCCAGCAGAGCUAGCCGUCACUCAUGUAUGACCAAUGGGAGUAUGAUCCCCUCAUCUUACCCUGCUGGGGAUGGUGAGGUUGAUGGCGGGCCUCAAAGUCCAGCGCCUACAAGUCCUCCAGAAAAGUCUUUCUCUGAAGCCUCCACUGACGAAACUCCCCGUGAACGGGUGCGCAUCUCAAGAAAGGCUUUGCAGAAGAAGUCACGCAGACAAGAGUCAUGUAGUGAGUCUCGUCGAAGUCACUUCUACCAAGGUCCUCGGAUCUCAGGCUCACGGGAGCGAAAGGCGGCGUCAACAUUGGGUUUGAUAAUAGGGGCCUUUGUCAUCUGUUGGCUGCCAUUUUUUGUCAAGGAAGUGAUUGUGAACACCUGUGGUUCUUGCAGUACUUCUGUGGAAAUGGCUGACUUUCUUACAUGGUUGGGUUACCUUAAUUCUCUGAUUAACCCCCUCAUCUACACCAUAUUUAAUGAAGACUUCAAAAAAGCCUUCCAAAGACUUGUUAGGUGCAGUCAUUAUCUCUGAUAGUAAGAUGUGAUCAAACCUGCACACCAUUUAAGAUAUGUAUGUAACAGAGAAGGAGCAAAGGAAGGGUCAGAGAAUACUGAAUGAAAGCUGACCUAUAUACCUUAGAAAGGAGGAUCUUGUUGCAUGAAAGGACUGGUGGCCAUUUUCAGACACUCCAUCAGCCACUUUAACAGCCUAAAUGGCAUCAGCCCAGCAAUGAGCUUUGCACUAAAAUUCCACAUUGAAAUUCAAGCUCUACUAUUAAUAGAACAGCCUACAAUCUUCUUGAUGUUAACUGGUGUGUUUGAAGGGACACUGACAUUUGUUUUGAGAGAACGGGCCUUAGCUGACUUUAUUGAUUUAUAGGUUCCAAGCAUUAGUGAUAAGUCUCCUAUGAAGGUCUUCAAAUAGCUGACCAUUAUGUCUGUUUCAUCUAAUAACUCCCCUUCUGUCAGCCCAACACUAUUGACUAAAAUAUGUGUAUAAAUUAUGUGUAUAAUACAGCAACACAUGAAGUCAUUAUUUCAUGUUGCCAGGAUGUUAUAGAAGAUGACUUUACACUGACUGUCAUUACCAUCAUUAAUAGAAGUAUUUGUUGUAAAAAAUGGUAUCAGCCCUGCAAAACAUCCAAACAAAUAUUAUAUAAACAUUUGCAGCUUGCUGGGAAAUUAUGAUUAUAGCUUAGAUUAUUUGAAAGUCUAGAAAUGCUUAAACUGGUGUGACUAUCAUUAACUUCAUAAUGCCUGUCCAUAAUAUCCUGUUUAAAUUUUUAGGCAAAGAAUUAAGUCAAAAUGCUUAGCAAGGUGAGUCUCAUCAGCCAUCUUGGAAAACCGUCCAUGCACUUAUGUCAGGUUAACAAAAUCAGGCCUUCCUAUAAAUUAAUGAGGAGAGAACUAAUAGGCAUUGGGGCCUGGAAACAAAAUAUGCUAAAAAAAAUGCCUGUGGAAGUUGAUGAUUUUGUCCUUCUAUCCCUCUGCAGUACAUGCACAAGUUCUUACAACAUCAUCUUCAUUUAGGUCUCCAGUUAUAGUACCAUGACAAGCUCAAAGUCAGUGAUCAUUACCAGGAGUUUUAGACUGUGUGUGUUUAAGGAAAAUAGGGGGUUUGUUUGACUUCAAAGAGUACAGUUAAGACUGAUAUAAUUUGACAAAUUUGAUUUAAUUAUAAGAAGGUCUACACUGGACGGAGAAAACUGCUUUGUAUGCUGCAAACUGUAAGACAAUGAGCUGAUGACAGUGAAUGAAUAUGAGUGGUUGGACUAGGCUGUACCACUAAACUAAGACAUGAAUGAUGUAAUUAAAGCAUAUUACCUUCAGUCAGUGCUUUUAAAAACUGCAUUAAAGGUGGUUAAUAGACAUCUUACUGUAUUGAAAAUGUAAGCAAACAGUAAUGAUGGUAUAGCUAGGAAAUAGACUAAAUGGCUUUGGUUACUGAUCUAUAAAAUAAUUUCUGUUGUUUUGACAGUCAUGUUCAAACAACACUGGCUAGCUUGACAGUUAAAGUAGAAUGUGGCCAUGCAAGUAAACUCAUCAUCUUUUGUACAAAUAAGUUUGCAUAUUUAUAAGAAUUAUUAUGUUAAAAUGACUUGUAAUUUAAGCAGAGAAUAAGUAUGAAACAAAAUGAGAACUCUGUGUUAUUUUCUGACUUCUCUCCCCACAAUGUAAUCUAUGAAUCCAUGCAACAUGUCUGACUGAACAUGCCUGUCUGACUCAAGUACAUGUUAAAAGGUGGCCUCUUGGGAAAACAUAUCAAUGGCAUGAAGGAUACAUUAGAUUUGCAAGGUGUUUCAUUUGACAUAAUUUACAGCUAAAAUAAGUGUAGAGUUUUUAGAACUUAUGGUACCAUCUAAUAUAUAUUUUAGUCAUUGUUUGAAUUGCUAGUACAUGUGACAGCUACAGGCAUGUCACAUUGCAUUUGAUGAUACAAAUGGGACAACAUUGGCUUUGGCCAUACUCUACUUUAAAUAAGCCACAAAACUGAAAAAGAGUCCAAACAUAAAUUGUUUGUAGUUCUAAAGCUUCACACUGCUUUUAUUUACAUUCCAAGUAGUGCACUGCAAGGUUUGUGUUUAAUUGGACUGACUGCCUGUCUCUGUCAGAAUAGGCAAAGAACAGACAAGUUCAAGUGGUGCUUUAUUUUCCUUAAUCUUUGAUUGUGAGCUGUUGCACCAAACAAAGAUAGAUGUGUAGUUUAUUUGUUAUGAAAUCAAAGAAUAGUUUCAGACAAACUGCAAGUAUUUCUGAGAGCAGAGAACUGCUGCUUACCACAAAAUGCACAUAACUGAAUAUCAGUGUUGAGGAAAUGAGUGACUCCCAGUGACAGUGGAGGGUGGAUACCUUGGAUGAGCCCCACAAUACCCUGGCCCAAUGUAACUCCUGGUCAUAAAUGUUAAUGUUCCAUGGUACUUCUUAAAGUUUGGGUGAUAUCCUCUCUGCAUGCCUACUCAAAGUAACUUUUGCAUUGUCUUCUGAGUCCUGCAACCACACAGCUGCAACUGCCAUGAACUGUGCACAUGCAUCAAUGUAACUGAUUUGGCCAGUGAUAAACAUUUCAUGGGUGAGGGGGUGAUACAUGUUCCUUUGCAUAAGAGAAUAAUUCCACUUAUUUGUAUGGAGUCUUUAAAUACAGUAACAGGUCUCUCAGUUAUGAUGUUUCUGUCUGAGUAUAAAGAAAUUUUUUCAGAUUUUUUAUGCUCGAGGAUUACUAAUCAAAUAAGGAACUGCCUUUUUAGCCAGUAUCACAAACUUGUGUAUUCUUUUUGAGUAUUUAUCUAUUUAUGUAUCUUUCGUGGAGCCAAUAAACACCUCAUGCAUGUCUUAAACAUCACAUUGUAACAUUUGAUUAAUUGAACGUAAGAGUCACUGGUGGAGAAAUCCUCAUAAUAGUACUCCCACUCAAAUCCUUGGAAUAGAACUCCUUUUCUUUGCUGCCUUUGGGAGAACACGAUAUGUUGAUAGCAGUGCUAUGAAUAAGUGAAAUGUGAUGGUGAGCUGAAUGCCACUGAAUAACACAAGGUGUGCAAUAUUCUUACAUACAAUUCAGACAUGGUGACCAUUUCAUUUUAUUUCUGUAUCCCUGACAAAACAUUCAACUAAAAACUUUCCACAUAAGAAAAGACAUUCCUGUUUAAUUCUUAAUUUUGAUAAACUGGUUAAGGGAGUAUAUCAAGAUGUCCCUGUAUGUAAGGAAAGAGUGGUACUGGAAUUGUUGAAAUUAUGUUUUAUUUCUAAGCUGUCAACAGUCUGUUUAUGUAACUUGACAGAUCAUUUUUCAAAUUCUAAUGUGAUGACGCCCCCUUCUGGCUAGCAGAAGGACUUAGGACUUGAAGGUUUAUGAUGAACUCCAUCACUUCUUUUCACAGCUGCUGCAAAGAGAUUCGUGUAUCCAGAUACAUGAUAUUGUUCA